AUGGGGCUGCUGCGGGUGUUGCUGCUUCUCGGGGGGCUGCGCCUGCCCCCCACGCAGGGGCUUCUCCAGGAGCCCCCAACCAUCUACGAGGGACCCCCCGGCAGCUACUUUGGUUUCGCCCUGGAUUUCCAUAUGAGCGAGGGAAGGCCCAGCGUGGCGGUGGGGGCCCCCCGUGCCAACACCUCCCAGCCCGGCGUGGUUCAGCCCGGCGCCGUCUUCCUCUGCUCCUGGCCCCCCGACGAGACCUCCUGUCAACCCCUGCCCAUCGACACUGCGGGGAACGAGAGCGAGAGCCAGGGCACCUUGGAGCUCCGCACCUACAAGUCGCACCAGUGGCUGGGAGCGUCCGUCACCAGCUGGGACGGCAGACUGGUGGUCUGCGCCCCGCUGCAGCACUGGAACGCUUUGGAGGGGCAGCACGAGGCGUUCCGCACCCCGACGGGCACCUGCUUCGUGCGGAGCCCGGGGCAGCGGCGCUCGGUGUGGUACUCGCCCUGCCGCGACCGGACCAUGGCCAGCACCUACCGCCAGACGAACUACGCGCACGACAAGCGCUACUGCGAGAUCGGCUUCAGCGCGGCUGUCACCCCGGAUGGGACGCUGGUGCUGGGUGCCCCCGGUGGGUACUACUUCACAGGGCUCGUGUACUCGGUGGAGCUGGACAAGAUCUUCAGGCGCUUCCUCGGCACGUCCCUGCUGUGGCCGGGGAGCCCCGGGCGCCCCACGGAGCCGGUGUUUGGGGACUACGAGGACGGGUACCGGGGAUACUCGGUGGCUGUGGGCGAGUUUGAUGGCAAUCCCAAAACCAAAGAGUAUGUGGUGGGGGUCCCCAACAAGAGCAACACGAGGGGUGAGGUGGAGAUCUUCACUGCGGGGAACACCCUGCGCUGGCUGCGGGGCAUCGCCAGCGAGCAGGUGGCUUCGUACUUCGGGCACACGGUGGCAGUGGCCGAUGUCGAUGGGGACGGGAGGGACGAUCUGCUGGUGGGUGCGCCCCUGUACAUGGCCCGGCGCUCGGACGGGCAGCGCAGCGAGCUGGGCCGCCUCUACCUCUACCUGGGCCGGGGGCAGCAGCGCCUCGCCGGGCCCCCCCAGACCCUGACGGGCACCCACCCCUACGGCCGCUUCGCCGCCGCCAUCGCCAGCCUCGGGGACCUGGACAAGGACGGCUUCGGCGACGUGGCCGUGGGCGCCCCGCAGGGGGGUGACAGUGGCAGCGGGCAGGUCUUCAUCUUCCGCGGGCAGAGCGAGGGGCUGGCGCCGGUGCCCACCCAGCGCCUCGACAGCCCCUUCCCCGGCCCCGCCGCCUUCGGCUUCGCGCUGCGUGGUGCCACCGACCUGGACGGCAACGGCUACGCGGAUCUGCUCGUGGGGGCUUACGGGGCGGCCAAGGUGGCCGUGUACCAGGGACUACCCGUGGUGGUGGCCCGGACCCAGUUGAGUGUCCCCGACGGGCUGAACCCUGAGAUCCUGAACUAUUUCCUGCCCAACUCUGGAGUCCAUGUCAGCCGCUUCCACGUGGAGUUCUGUGUCAGCGUGACGGGCCAGCACAUCCCUCAGAGCAUUCAGCUGGAGGCUGAGCUGCAGCUGGACCGGCUGAAGCCCCGGCCAUCGCGGAGGGUCCUUCUGCUGCGGGGACACCAGUCGUCCUGGCAGGAGGUGCUGGUGGUGGCACCAGGGGCACUCCCUGUGUGCAGAAACCUCACCGCGUACCUGCGGGACAAGGCGGAGUUCAAGGACAAGCUGAGCCCGGUGGCCCUGAGCGUGGCCCUGACGCUGCCCAGAGAGGCGCCGGGGUUGGUGCUCUACGGGGACACCCUGGUGCAGGCACAGACCCACAUCAUCCUGGAGGACUGUGGCGAUGACAAUCUCUGCGUGCCCGACCUGUGCCUGGCCGCCGACACCCCCAGCCAGCGCCUGCUGAUCGGGGCGGAGGCCGUGCUGUCCCUGCGUGCCAACGCCACCAACGCGGGCGAAGGCGCCUUCGAGGCCGAGCUGAGGGUGCAGCUGCCCCCGGGCACGCACUACCAGGCUGCCCGCAGCACCAUCCCGGGGCAGGAGAAGCUGAGCUGCAACCCCAAGAAGGAGAAUGGGACGCACGUGGUGCUCUGCGAGUUGGGCAAUCCCAUGAAAGCAGGAGCCCGGAUCACCGUGGACAUGGAGCUGAGCGUGUCCGGGCUGGAGGACAUGGGGGAUGCCAUCACCUUCCACCUCCAGCUGAGGAGCAAGAACAGCCCCAGCCCCAGCCCCAGCAAGGCAUGGGUGACAGUGACAGUGCCCGUGGAGGCAGAGGCAGAGAUGGAGCUGCGAGGCAACUCCCUGCCUGCCACCGUGGUGCUGCCCACGAGCUGGCACGGGGUGGAGGGCAGCCGGCGGCUCGAGGACCACGGCAUCAGGGUGGAGCACGUCUAUGAGCUCCACAACAAAGGUCCCGGCACCGUCAGCGGGGUCACCCUAAGCCUCACCGUGCCCCACCUGCUGGGCGACCACGUCCUGCUCUACCUGCUGGAGCUGAGCACCGAGGGGGGCAUGAACUGCUCCCACCACCCUGCCCUCAACCCCGCCCAGCUGGAGAUCUCCGGUCCGACGGCCGCAGCGCCCGGGAACGGCACCCACCAGCGGGAGCGCCGGGAGGCGGAGCCGCCCCCGGGAGUGGGGCUGGGGGACCUCGCCCGUGUGGACUGUGACAAUGCCACGUGCGUGGACAUCACCUGCCACGUGCCCAGCCUGGGCAAGGACCAGCGGGCACUGGUCAGCAUCCAUGCCCUGCUCUGGAUGGACACCCUGCAGCAGCGGGAGCACCUCCUGACACAGUUCCGCAUCCAGUCACAGGCGUGGUUCAACACCUCGGCCAUGCCCUACCGCGUCCAGCCCCGGGUCCUGCCCAGCGGCAAGGCUGAGACUGAAACCUGCGUGGUGCGCACCAGCCCUGGGGGCGAGGGGGCUGUGCCAGUGUGGUGGGUGGUGCUGGGGGUCCUGGCCGGGCUCCUGCUCCUCACCCUCCUUAUCCUCGUCAUGUGGAAGAUGGGUUUCUUCAAGAGGACGCGGCCGCCUGCUGAGGGGGACACCCAGGAGCCGGGCCAGGCCCAGGAGCCGGGCAGUGCCCAGGACUAGCAGGGUCCCCCCGUGCCCCACCCCAUCCCGCUCGCCUUCCCCGGCCCCCGGCGUGCCCGUGAGACCCCGGCCCCGCUCUGCUCCCCCCGGACAAUAAAUCCCUGCCCUGCCCUCGGGUGCUGCCCUCGGGGUGUGGUUGUGUCCUCCCGGAGCUGCACCGGGGCUCUGCCGGGGGACAGGGCACAGCAAGGGGCAGGGAGGAUUUUGGGGACCCCCGUGUGUCCUUGCGGGGUGCCUCGGGAGGGCAGUGGGGAGGUUGGUGCCGGGCUCAGUCCCGGGGGCUGCUGCACUGCUGGGGAUCCGUACCGGGGCCAGUGCUGGUACCGCGGGUGGGUCACGGUACCGGCGUGGGAC